UUAUUGUUACUUGUGGAUACAUUGUUGUUGUGCGAGCCGCAUGUCCCAUCCCCCCCCCUCCAUGUCUUUGGCUUCAUUCCUCUCUGGCUUUUGUGUGUGUGUGAGUCAAUGAGCGAGUGCAUUUUCCCCCCUUGCAGAAUAAAAGGAUUAUUUAUAUCCCAGCUAUGCUGAUGGAGCGUUAUGCGGUGCCGUAACAGCUGGCCGAAUCCUCCCUGCUGCAUCGCUUUCAAUUUUUAGACAUUUUUUUAGCUCUUUUUGCUUUAUCAUUUUUGCACCUCUCGGUUUAGUAUCCAUUGAUAUUUUGAUGCCUUUGCAUGGAUUGUGGCUUUAAACUUGUUUCUGGACAUUGUGUGGAUGGCAGAUUGAAGUUCGACGGAAGGAAAUUUGCAUCUAGUGGUUAUUUGGUGCUUAGAAUGCACGCCUGGAACUUUUUCCCCUUGCCGGCGGAAAAAUGCAUUCGACCUCCGAUAAUGAAUGGGCCCAUGCACCCGCGCCCACUUGUGGCCCUGCUGGAUGGCAGAGAUUGUACAGUAGAAAUGCCAAUCCUCAAAGACGUAGCCACAGUGGCGUUCUGCGAUGCACAGUCCACGCAGGAAAUCCAUGAGAAGGUACUUAACGAGGCAGUGGGCGCCUUGAUGUAUCACACGAUCACUUUAACGCGAGAAGACUUGGAGAAGUUCAAGGCUCUUCGAAUAAUUGUCCGAAUUGGGAGUGGGUUUGACAACAUUGACAUCAAGUCAGCCGGAGAUCUAGGUAUAGCAGUGUGCAACGUGCCAGCAGCGUCCGUAGAAGAGACGGCGGAUUCUACAAUGUGCCACAUUCUGAACUUGUACAGGAGAACAACGUGGCUGCACCAAGCUUUACGAGAAGGCACAAGAGUCCAGAGCGUGGAGCAGAUAAGAGAAGUUGCAUCCGGUGCUGCUCGAAUUCGGGGGGAGACCUUAGGCAUUAUAGGGCUGGGACGGGUCGGUCAAGCAGUUGCUCUGAGGGCAAAGACUUUUGGUUUCAAUGUCAUUUUCUACGACCCUUACCUGUCGGAUGGGGUGGAGCGAGCCCUGGGUCUGCAGAGGGUCAGCACUCUCCAGGAUCUGCUGUUUCAUAGUGACUGUGUAACUCUGCACUGCAGCUUAAAUGAGCACAACCAUCAUCUGAUCAAUGACUUCACCAUCAAGCAGAUGAGGCAAGGAGCAUUCCUGGUGAACACAGCCCGGGGAGGCCUGGUGGACGAGAAGGCGCUAGCACAAGCCUUGAAGGAGGGGAGGAUACGAGGAGCCGCGUUAGACGUCCAUGAAUCAGAACCCUUCAGCUUUUCCCAAGGUCCAUUGAAAGACGCACCGAACCUCAUCUGCACGCCACACGCAGCUUGGUACAGUGAACAGGCUUCCAUAGAGAUGAGGGAAGAGGCCGCCCGGGAGAUCCGCCGAGCCAUUACAGGGCGUAUUCCCGACAGCCUGAAAAACUGCGUUAAUAAGGAUCACCUAACCGCAGCGACACAUUGGGCCAGUAUGGACCCCGGGGUGGUUCAUCCAGAACUGAACGGAGCUGCGUACAGGUAUCCCCCAGGAGUCGUUAGCGUGGCCCCAGCUGGCAUCCCAACAGCAGUGGAAGGAAUCGUCCCCAACGCCAUGCCUUUAUCACACGCCCAUCCGGCCGUGGCCCACCCGCCUCACGCCCCUUCUCCCGUGCAAACCGUCAAACCAGAAGCUGACAGAGACCACCCAAGUGACCAAUUGUAGCCAAUGACAAUAGCAGAUGACCAUUCCCACGCCUAAGAGAUCCGGAAGUCAAAUGAAGACAGAAGAAGGGUGUCAAAAAUAAAAAUUCUGGAUUUUGGAUAGAAGCAAAAAUAAUGAACUUUCAUGCAGAUCAUACGUUGUUUUUAGAGAUCGGUCCAAAUCUACAGAAUACAGUGCGAGAAGAAGAAAGAAAUUGGAACCUUUUUUUUUUUUUUUUUUUUUUUUUACCCUCCCCCCGUUACAAAAAAAAAAUUGUAGUUUGUCCCUGUUGAGUGGACUGACCUCACUGUCCUGUGUCCUCCUGUUGGUCCUAAGUUAAGCGAGAGAAGCUAGUAGUUAAUUAUAUCAUGAAUGUAUUUGUCUGUGUACAGUUUUUAGAACAUUAAAAAAAGGGGGUUUAUUUGCAUAAUUGUCAAUGGGGAAUAUCGUAAGGGAGGCGCUCAGCAAACCACUUUUCAAAUACAGAAAAAAAAUAAAAAAUAAAAAAAUGUUCUUUUCUAUGUUAUGACAUGCCCAGUAAUUAAGGCGGUUGGCAGACUUCUCAGGACAAUACAUUUUUUUUCCCAUUUUUUUCUUUUUGAAAAACCACAUAGUGCAUUUUUUUUUUAACUACCUGCUUGUCUUACGUUAGAUAUAUAUAUAUUUUUUUUUAUCAUUUUGGAUCCCUCCUGUUAUUUUGGCAUGAAAUCCCUUAUUUCAGAUGAAUGCAACAUGACGAGAAUUUUUUUUAUUUUUUUUGUUUUUGCAAAGAAAAUGUAAAAAUUUUCGUAUCAACAAGCAUAGUGCUUCUUGUCACCAGUUAAAAAAGAAAAAA